CAAAGUCAACCUGGAUUACGAGGAUAAACAAGAGCUGAUCGCAGGCACAAGAAAAAACAAAAAUGCAAGAGAUAGAUCCUGGUCAACUCCAUAAACAAAUCUUAUUUUUGCUCCCCCCUUGAGCAAUGUCAACGCCGGCCUAGCUUGCCUUCUCUCUUUGCUUGCCGGCUCGCCGCCCAUUUCUUCCCCGACCGGCGCCACAUUCCCCGAUGCCAAUCCAGAUCCGGCCAUGGGCAACCGCGUGGCGAGGCUGGCCACGCCCUGCUUCGCGCCGGCCGACGGUCACCACCACCACGACGCGGACGAUGUGCACCACGAUACAGCGGGGCCGGCGGACGAUGGCACCGGCGUCUGCCACAUUCUCAGCUUCGACGGCCGCGACGGGCGCAUCCAUGGCGUGCUGCUGCCGUCGAACCAGUCCACGUUGGGCGGCUCCGUGCUCCUGAGCGACCGGGCGUCCUUCUCCGGCUCCUCGUCGUCGUUCGACAGCUCCAACUCCUUCUCGUUCCGGACGCUCCAGCCGCGGCAGUACUCGGGCCCGCUGGACAGCUACGGCGGCGGCGGCGGCAGCAGCAUCAGCGCGUCGCCGUCGACGUCGACGUCCGCCACCAACUCGGGCGUGUCGUCGGUGUCGCGCCUCCCCGCGCGCACCGACGCGCAGAUCCUCGCUGACCUCUACGCCACGCGGCACCGGCGGCAGCAGCAGGCGUCCAGCGGGGGCAGCAGCUCGCUCCUCGGCGGCCUCCGCAGGGCCGUCGCGUCGGUGCUGCGCGCGGGGCCCUGCGUGUCCACCGGCGGGAAGCAGGAGCACGCCGUGGCGGUCGGCAACGGCGCGCCGGACGUCAACGGCGGCGCGGCGAGGGUGCAGUGGGCGCGCGGGAAGGCCGGGGAGGACAGGGUGCACGUGGUGGUGUCGGAGGAGCACGGCUGGAUGUUCGUCGGCAUCUACGACGGCUUCAACGGUCCCGACGCCACCGACUACCUCGUCGCGCACCUGUACGCGGCCGUGUGCCGCGAGCUCGACGGCGUGCUGCUGCGCGGGGAGGAGGAGGAGGACGAGGACGACAACGACAACGGCGACGACGAGGAGGAGUCCUCGUCGUCGGUGCGGUGCAACGGACACCCACGCGGCGCGCGGGCGCGCGACCACGACGUGCUGGACGCGCUGGCGCGCGCCCUGGCGAGCACGGAGGCCGGGUACUUCGCGGAGGCGGAGGCGCGGGCGGCGGAGUGCCCGGAGCUGGCGAUGAUGGGUUCGUGCGUGCUGGUGGCGCUGGUGAAGGGCGCCGACGUGUACGUGAUGAACGUGGGCGACAGCCGCGCCGUGCUGGCGCAGCGCGUGGAGCCCGACCUGUCGAGGGCGCUCGUCGCGCCGCGCCAGGGCGGCGCCGACCUCGCCGGCGUCAAGGAGGAGAUCAAGCGGCAGUUCGACGCGUGCGAGAUGGGGGACCUCGUCGCGCUGCAGCUCACCAUGGACCACAGCACCAGCGUGUACAAGGAGGAGAGAAGGAUCAGGAACGAGCACCUCGACGAUCCUGCCUGCAUCGUCAAUGGCAGGGUGAAGGGGUCGCUGAAGGUGACGAGAGCGUUCGGCGCGGGAUACCUGAAGGAGCCGAGGUGGAACAAGGCUCUGCUGGAGGUGUUCCGGGUGAAGUACGUCGGGACGUCGCCGUACAUCAGCUGCCGGCCGUUCCUCCGGCACCACCGUGUGGGGCGGCGGGACAAGUUCAUGAUCCUCGCCUCCGAUGGUCUCUACGACUACCUGAGCAAUGAGGAGGUGGUGGCGCAGGUGGAGGCCUUCACCGCCAGCUACCCCGACGAGGACCCCGCCAAGUACCUCAGCCACGAGAUCCUCCUCCGCGCCGCCAACCAAGCCGGAAUGGGGUUCCAUGAGUUGCUCGAGGUUCAGCAAGGCGACCGGAGGCGGUACCAUGACGACGUCUCCAUCAUCAUCAUCUCGUUGGAGGGGAAGAUUUGGAGCUCAUCAUAGGUUCCUUAGGAAAUUGUUAUUGUCAUACUGAUCAUGCAUGGAAUUGUAAUUGUGGUAGCAAGCAGUAUACUGAUUUACAAUGUACACUGUAAAAAAAAAAGAACAGACUAGCUGAUUCUUUGAGCAACAAAAAGUUUUGGCGGCAGUUUCUCUUGUUUGUAUUUCACUAUUUUUUUUUGUAGCUGUAGGUAAGGUAAUAAGGGAGCUCUGUUGUUUAAACUGAAAUUGA